GAAAGAGUGAAAUGAACAUUGAACGCUCUCAACUCUGUCCGCUCGAUUAGUGAAAAUGAUUCAGAAAUGAGUUAAGAUUAUGAUAAAUCGAUAAUUUGAUUCUAUCAUCUCAAUAAAUGCAAAAGAAGAGCCCUCCUCAAUUUCUCCGUCACCAAGAUCGAUUCAUCUCUCUUGUAGAUCAUAUACCCAGGUACUCUCUACAAUCUACAGUUUCUUUUUGCAGCUUCCCUUGGGUAAAGAAGAAGAAAAAAACGAUUGGAUUCAAGAGGUAGUUGCUAAAUAGGUGAGGAAGGAAUGGGAUGUCACUAUCUUGAAGUGGUUUCAUGGCCGCGAGAGCUUCAAAGAAGUGCAAGCAAAGGAUCCGGGAUGUUGUUUGAAGAGAAAGUUGCAAAACUGGUGGGGAAGAAGAGGAAUCUCACUACUUUUCGAUGGGAAGUUCAUGUCAAAGAAAUUAAGGUUUUUCGAUGUACAUUUCAGUUAGAUGAUUUUUUGCAUUCGGGUUAUCAUGCCCACCAAUCACAUGAUAAAACCCCAGCGGAGUCAGACUCUGAUACCCUGUUUAUUGCCGGUUACAGCAAUCAGAUGCCAAAGCCAAAUGCAGACGAACACAGUCCUCCGCCGAUUCCAGAAUAGAAGCAGCCGUUUCAGGGUGAGCGAGAAAUGCCUUCUGUGCCCUUGGGAAGUGUGUGCGUCCAGAGUUGUUGAGUUGUCGUUUAGGUCGAAACCACGGGCAAUCUAGGUAAUCCAACUCAGUUAAGUGCUAAGCUUCUCUCCUAUUAAGGCUUACAGAGCACUCAGAGGUGGUUGCAAGCUGGGCAAUGGUUUUCUCUUAGUCUCUGUCAGCUCUCUCUCUCUCUCUCUCUCUCUCUCUCUGCGAGAGAGAGAAAUUGCAUUACUGAUCAUAUAAUGCACAUAGCUAGAGUAAGUACACCAUUCCUUCUUCCUCAUUUCCCUUUCUUGCAUAUAAUUGUGGUUGAAUUUUUGGUUAAUUAUAUGCUUCUCUUCACCAUUCUUAAAUGUGUUUGUUCUUGUGAUUUUUGGUGAUCAUAUAUCUCGUGUGAGAUAUAUCAUCAUUCAAACUGAAGAAGACAAUUAUGAAGGAAGUAAGAUCCAAGCAGAUAGAUGAAACGGUGCAGUGAAAGCAGACAAAAUAUAGCUGUUAAGAGGUCAAAUCACACCAUGGAUUUCACGAUUGGAAGGUUAUUUAUCUGCACUGCUUAUAAAUCCAUAAUUUCCUCUCUCUUUAUGUUGCGGGGUUCGAGGUCAACAUGCCCCAUGCAAACCCCAAAAGAUUCGACGCAUCAAAACCUCAAGUUGGGUCUCAAAACCCUAAUUUUCAACCCUAAAUCCCAUAAUCACCGCCACAUCGUUCACAAGAACUACAAGCUCGCGCCACCAUCGCCAUCUUCGCAGUCUUCACUCACUUAUUCGUGGUCGUUAUUGGAUAACUCAUCGUCGUGGACAUCGUCUAUGUUGGACGACUUGCUCGGAACAGACAGUGGCGUCGCCUACAUGACAACCUCAAACGACGAUAUCUUAAUGUCAAUGACGACCAGUACUGCUCGCAGUUACCCCAAGAAGAAAAGUACUCGAGGAAGCGGAAGGGUGAAAAGGGAAUUUCCACCACCAAUACCGCUUCUGGCACAAACGGGGAAUUUGCAAUGUCGCAUGCCUUGGAAUCUGACUAAGCAUUAUUCUAAUGGAAGGCUAGUUUUGAAAGGAGAGAAAGCACAGCACCAUGAGUACUUCGAAGCCGAACGUGACAGCGGCCGCCUUGUGCUGAAGCUUGUGCCUCUGGACAGCACCAUACUAACGACUUAUGAUGUGCCUGAAUCGUCCGGUGGACAUUUGGACGUGUGUGAGGAAAACGAUGAAGAGCUUGAAAUGGAAAACGUGCAGUUUGCUGAAAAUGACUAUGCUGAGGAUGAGAAUGAUGAUGCUGAUGAUGACGAAGAUGAUGAUGAUGAUGAAUGUGACAACAAUGUGGAUGAGAGUAAAACUAUGUUGGUUUGCAAUUCGGUCCCUCAGUCACACUCGGAGAUCAGCAAGUGUGAUGAGAAAUAUGGAAAUCUGCCGAUGUAUUUCACGAAGUCAGCUGCAAGUGUCCAUGAACAACCGCAAAACUACUUUGCACACCCUGCUUCAGCUCCUCUUCGUCCAAUGACUGCUGUGAAGAAUUAGGGUGUUUUCUGGAUCAGGCUAAGCAGCCUUGUUAUGUGCAGUCUUGCAUCGGGUGAGAUCGAACAUAGUGAAUCGAGGAUGUUUGUUUUUUAAUUUAUUUCUUUCAUGUUAUU